AUGGGUUGUGGAGGCACUAAAUCAGCAAAACCUGAUAGCAAAUUAAACUCUCCUUAAAUCAGGGCAAAUCAACCAAGUUAGACAUUAAAUUUAGCUCCAGCUCCAAUAAUAUAAGAGACUGAGAAAAUAGAAUCAGAUUAUAUUUUUCAUGUUCUAGAUCCUUUAGUUAGUAAUCUAGUUUGAGUAACAUUAUUAGCUUAAAGAAAUUAUAUAAAAAAAAUAGUGUCUAAGAGUAACAAUGCUUCUAGAAUAGCAAAAGUUUUUAAUUGUUAAACUCUUACUAUUUCUGAGAAGCAAGAACUAGAGAGAAUUAUAAAUCAAUUGAUGCAAAUUGUAAUACUUAUUUUCAUAUAAAAGAAACAUUUAAAUUUGAUUGGCACUUAAUCUUAUUAUUAUAAUGAUAAUCGUUUGUAUUUAAUUUAGGAAUUUUGUGAUGGUGGAAAUCUGCUCGCUUUGUUAGAUAAAUUUAGUUAAUUGUAACAAUACACAAUGAUAGAUGUGUUUUGUCAAAUUAUGGCAGGAUUACAAUAUUUACACAAUUAAGGCAUAGUCCAUGGGUAUUAUUUGAAUUUUAUAAAUUAGGAAUAUCUAAUUGGAUAGUAUAGUUUUUACUAAUAAAUUGAUGGAGAAUGUAAAGCUUAUAGAUUUUGGUAUUCCAAAUUCUAUGAAAAUUACAUGUAUGUCAUGGAAACCCAGUAAUAGUAUUUAGGAAAUAUCUUUUAAACCGCCUGAAUCUGUUAAAUUAACAACAAUUAAUGCACCUUUAACUUAGAAGGCAGAUAUAUGGUCAAGUGGAUGUUUGCUGUAUUUCUUCUUAACAUCUCAUAUGCCAUUCUAAGGUCGUGAUGUCUAGGCUAUCAAAACAGCUAUAUAAAGAGGUGUAGUUAAUUUUGAUGGUUCAGAAUGGGCUAAUAUUAAUCCAGAUAUGAAGCAAUUAGUAUCUAAAAUGCUUAGUUCUAACCCUCAAUAAAGACCUACAGCUACAGAAGUCAUCAAUCAUCCAAUAUUUUUAAAUAGAACUCGAAUUAUGACUAAACCUAAUAAAUAAUUAUCAAAACAUAUGAAAGAUUUUAAAGUAUGAAAAUUCUAAUAAAUUAGUAAUAAUCUCAAAUGCAAAUAGCUAUGUUAAAUUAUAUUGCAGAAAAUAUGAUGUCUGAAUAAGAUAAGAAAAAGUUAAUGGAUGAAUUCUAAAAGUUUGACUUAAAUAAAGAUGGAUAGUUAACUAAAGAAGAAUUGUUAAAGGUAUACAGUACAAUGUUUACUACUGAAUAAGCAGCUUAAGAAGUUGAAACUAUCUUUAAAAAAAUAGAUUAAAAUUGUAGUGGUAGAAUUGAUUAUUAAGGUAGAAGUUUUAAUUUAUAAUAAUAGAAUUUAUUAUUGCGACUAUAGAUUAAAAGAAAUAUUUUAAUAGAGAAAAGUUAUUGAUGCUCUUUUAACAAAUUGAUAGAGAUCAUAGUGGAUAGCUAAGCAAAUAGGAAGUUAAGAAACUUUUAAGGGAUAUGUAGAUACCUAAAGAAAAAUUAGAAAAUCUUUAAAAGUAAUUAGAUUAAAAUGGUGAUGGUUAAAUUACUUAAGAAGAAUUUCUAUAGAUAAUGCUUUAGUUAUCUUGA